AUGGAUUUAUUAUUCAGUCAGGUUUUUAAAAAUAUUUAUUUAAAGAAAAAAAUCUAUUCAUAUAUUUCAGAGUAUAAUAAAGAACAGAGAUCUAUCAGAUAUAACUAUUAUGAUUUCCCAUUAGAACUCGUUUUAAAAACAAAGAAUCAACCAUUAUUAAUUGAAAAAUUAAAUAAUUAUAAUAAAUAUUUUAAAAAUAAUAAUAUUAAUAAUAAUAAUAAUCAGUAUUCAGAAAUAUCAAUAUUAAAUAGUAAACAUUUUUUAACAUUUAAUGAACAAUGUUUAAAACUAUUAUAUAAAUGGAGUGAAUUACCAUUAGAAUUAUUUGAACUUAUUUUUCAAACAUUUAAAAAAGAAAUUGAGAAAUUAAUUGGAAAAAUUAAAAAAAUAAAUAAAUAUAGAAAAGAAAAAAUACAACACCAUAUUAAUUUAAUCAGUAAUGGAGAUUUAGAUAAACUCAAAUAUAUAAUAGAUAAUCAAUUACUCGAAACUGAAUCAAUCAACUUCAAUUCAGUUUUUAGUUUAAUACAUUCAAGAAAAUUAAAAAGAAAAAGAAAAAUGAUUCGUUCUGAAAUUACAAUCCAAGUGAAUCAUGAUCAUCAUGAUGAAGAAAUAAAAUUACAAGAAAUAUUUCAAUAUUUAAUAAAAGAAUCAAAAAUUGAUUUAUCAUUCACUCAAUUAACAACAUAUUUAUGUGAAAUUAUGAUUAAAGAUCAAUCGAAAAUAUUUGGAAAACAAAUUAUAGAAUUAUUUCCAAAAGAAUUACCAAUUAUACAUAAUCAAUUAACCAAUGUAUUUCAAAUAAUUUCUAAAUACAAAGACCAAUUUAUAUUUAAAUUAUUAUUAGAUAAAUAUAAAUAUACACCACCACCAACACCACCAACACCACCACCAACACCAACACCAACACUUGUACCACCACAAACACCAACAAAAAAACCAACACCAACACCAACACCAACACCAACAACAACCGAAUCAGAAAUUUUUACAUUGUUAGGUAUUAGAAUAAGUAAAUCAACUUUAGAAGCAAUGAAUUUCCCACUUGAAUUUAUUUUAAACAAUUUUGAUUUAGAAAUUGUAAAGGUACUUUGCGAAGCAUUAAAAUCAAGAUUACUCAAUGAAACAACAGAUAAAUUUAAUACAAAUUCAACUAUUCAAAUAAUAUAUGACCCUAAAAUUGCAUUGUUUUUAAGUGAUAAUUAUUUUUUAUUAUUAAAAAAAAAGAAAAACGAAAUUAAAAUCUCAUGGCUAUGUGAUUUACGAUUAAGAAUCGUUGGUAAAAGGGAACAGGUUAAAUUUGAAACUUCUCAAUAUAUUGCAAAUUGUUAUUUUGAUUUUAUCAAUAAAGAAAUGAUAGAGUCUGAACAAUUUUUAGCACAACAGCAUAAUAAUUAUUAUAAUAAUAAUUAUUCAUUUUUAACAUCAUUUGUUGAUAUUAUAGUAAUGGAAGAAGAUGUUGGAGCAUUGAUUGCUUAUUUUAAUAUUUUUCCAAAUUAUUACAAUUUCAAUCAAGUUAAUAAUGCAUUUUAUAGUGGAAAUAAACAAUUAUUUAAUUGUUUUAUAGAAAAUAUAUUUAAUGGUAAUUUUCCAUACAAUUAUAAUAUAUUUUCAAUUAUUUCAUUUUUGGCUUCAUGUAUCGAUUAUGGUUCUUUCAAACUUUUUAAUUUUAUUUCAUUAACAAUAAAGAAUAAUGAAAAUAUUAGUAUAGAAUAUUUUAUUAGUAAUUAUCAAUUUAUUGAAUGUUUAAAAAGUGUUAAAAGUAAUAAUAAUAUCUCAAGAAAAUGGUUUAUCAAUUCACAUUUAAAAUCAUUUUAUUUUGAUGCAUUAUCACAUACUGUCUUUCAAAUUUUAAACAAAAAAGUCGAUUAUAGAAUUACUCAUAAAGCUUUAAAAUCAGAUUCAAAGUUUAUCAUUAGAGAAUUAACAUCAAACCAAAUUAUAUAUUAUAAUAAUAAUAAUAAUAAUAAUAAUAAUAAUAAUAAUAAUAAUAAUAAUAAUAAUAAUAAUAAUAAUAAUAAUAAUAAUAAUAAUAAUUACAAUAAUGAAAAUAAUAAUGAAAAUAAAAUGGAUUUGAAAAAUAUUCCUUUAAAUAUCAUUCGUUUUGCUGUUAUUAAUGGUAUUGUUUUAGAUUCAGAUAUUCAAUUCAAAUCAUUUGGUUUCGAUGAUGAAAAUUUGGUAAAAUCAUUUUAUGAAAAUAGUAUCAAUGAAAUAUUAUGUAGUAGACCAUUAUUGGAUAAAAAUAAUGGUAGAGGAUUUGUAUUUCAUAGAAUUUUAAUUAAAUUGUUUUUUAAUGGAUAUAUGUCAUUUAAAGUUAAAGGAAAUCGUUUAUUAAGAACAUUAUCAUCAACAAAUAAAUUUCCAGAAAUCAAUGCAUUAAUUUCUUUUUCAAUGAUACGUAAUGCUAAUUAUAACAAUAUUACUAUUUUUAAUGAAGAUUUUAAUAAAUUAAAAUUUUAA